CCACGCAACAUUUUAAAGCGCUCUCUCUCCCCGGAAACUCGCCACAGUUUUGUCCGGAGCGUCGCUGUCGAAGACUGAUCUAUCCGCUAAACCCUAACAAACAUCACGUUAGAAGGUUUUUAAUUUGUGGAUGUGAUUUCUACAUUGCGGAAGUAGUUGAAUAUUGUCACCUUUGAAUUAGAAGCAGAAACUAAGACGCAUAGGUUUUUGUGUUAUGAUGUGGCUUUCAAGAAGGGGCAGCCACUAGCCUAGUAGGCGAAUAUGUUUACCAAUGACUGCAGAAAUGUGUAUAAGUGGAAGCAAUCCUGGUCAAGGGUUCAAAUACAAUGAUAAACUUCUGAAAGUUAAUUGGUCACAACAUGCUAAUGCACACGAGAAUUUCUCAUGCCAAAAUAAGUUCUUGAGUUCAAAUUUCCUCUUCUCAUUAUCAUCACAAAAACCUUGUGCUGAAGGAGAAAUGGGUACACGGCCAAUGGCUUGCCAAAGUCAAAAUAUUCGGAAAUUGCAGAGUACACAAUUGGAAAAGGCUUGGCAUGUUCUUUCCAAUCUUCAGAUUUCUUGCAGGAACUACAUAAAACCUGGAAAAACUGUAAAAGUUAAUAAUCUUGGUAAUAGCAUGUCUCUUAGCAUUGGAAAAAGAUCUAUAUCACAAAGCUCAUUUGGCAUUGAUAGGAGCUCAGAGCAUAUGCAAACCCAUAAAAAUUUCAGUAAAAGUAAUGGUAAAGUCAGUGAAUCUGUAAGCUGCAUGGGCAAUCAUUUUCCAUCAGGUAACAUUAGAGCCAUGGAAGCCGAAAAGAGUCUUGUGGGCCAAAGCAAGAUUAGAGCAUCAACAGUCGACCAUUCUCAUUCUCAAUUUUUGGAUAGAUCAUUCAGCAGUCAUACUGUUCAUAUUGGCCAAGUAAGAGAGUCUGCAGCAGAAGUUUUGGCUGGUGAUGUGGAUGAUGAUGAUCUACUUGAGAAUAUUGAUGUGGACCAAAUAGUAGAACAGUAUCAAUCUACUUGCACACCACAACCAUCAAUUUCAAAGCUGCCACCCAUUACUCCAACUUUAGAUGAAGACAAUUUUAUGAGACAAGAUGGGAGUGGUUUGCCACCGGAAUUGUGCUCAAACUGCAGUCAUGGUCUUAAGCUAGGACUGUGCCCCGAAGCUGCAACUCAUUUGCAGGAAAUAAAGGACACGCUAAUUGUUAUAUCAAAUGAACUGAUUGACAAUGUUAAUGAACUCAGCCCGGAGCAGAUUGAGAAGCUUCGCCAAGAUAGGUUACAGCUGAAUAAGCAAAUCCAGCAGCUUGAGAGGUAUCUUCGUGCCAAUUUAGUCAAUGCGGAAAGGCAAAGAUCGCAUUAUUCUGCAUCCACAGCAGCUGCUGUAUCUUUUCAAUAUGGAACACCUCAAGCAACUACAUUUAGAACUCCAAUGAAAUUUGAUGCCCCGGUUAAUCUACCUAAUGAGGUGGGAGGGCAUGAAAGGUGGAAUUGUCCAUCAGUUUCAUUCUCUUCCAUAGAUAGCUUUGGUGUUUCUUCAGGCCACAUAGAGAGGGAACCGUACAUUCCCAAGUAUGUUGAAGUUAACUAUAUUGAAGGUUCUAAUGACAAAAAGUGGAGUAAUGUGAAUUUCCCGUGGACAAAAAAGCUAGAGGCCAAUAAUAAGAAAGUCUUCGGAAAUCACUCAUUUCGCCCCAACCAAAGAGAGGUUAUUAAUGCUACAAUGAGUGGAUAUGAUGUUUUUGUUUUAAUGCCAACUGGAGGGGGAAAGAGUCUGACAUAUCAGCUCCCUGCUCUUAUUUGUCCAGGUAUAACAUUGGUUAUCUCUCCCCUUGUGUCACUUAUCCAAGAUCAGAUAAUGCAUCUAUUACAGGCAAACAUACCUGCUGCCUACUUAAGUGCCAACAUGGAGUGGACAGAACAACAAGAGAUCCUCAGAGAACUAAGUUCUGAUCAUUUCAAAUACAGACUAUUAUAUGUCACACCGGAGAAAGUUGCUAGGAGUGAUGUUCUUUUGCGGCACCUGGAGAGUUUACAUGCUCGUGAGUUGCUUGCCAGGAUUGUUAUUGAUGAAGCUCAUUGUGUGAGCCAGUGGGGGCAUGAUUUUAGGCCAGAUUAUCAGGGUCUUGGAAUCUUGAAACAGAAGUUCCAAAAUACUCCGGUGCUAGCAUUAACAGCUACUGCAACGGCCAGUGUAAAAGAAGAUGUUGUGCAAGCUCUAGGUCUUGUCAACUGCAUUGUUUUCCGGCAAAGUUUUAAUCGGCCAAAUUUGUGGUAUUCCGUUAUUCCCAAGACUAAGAAGUGUGUGGAUGAUAUCGACAAAUUCAUUAAAGAGAACCACUUUGAUGAAUGUGGAAUAAUUUAUUGUCUUUCAAGAAUGGACUGUGAAAAGGUAGCAGAAAAGUUACAGGAAUGUGGACAUAAAGCAGCAUUUUACCAUGGCAGCAUGGAUCCUACUCAACGUGCCUUCGUCCAACAGCAGUGGAGUAAAGACGAAAUCAAUAUAAUUUGUGCUACGGUGGCAUUUGGAAUGGGUAUCAACAAACCAGACGUCCGAUUUGUAAUUCAUCACUCUCUCCCAAAAUCUGUUGAAGGCUACCAUCAGGAAUGUGGCCGAGCUGGUAGAGAUGGUCAGCGUUCAUCCUGCGUGCUGUAUUACAGUUAUAGUGACUAUAUACGGGUUAAGCAUAUGAUUAGUCAAGGAGGAAUUGAGCAAAGUCCAUUGCCAUCUGGAUCUAAUCGUGUCAAUAUUACUAAUUCAGGGAGGAUACUGGAAACAAAUACAGAAAAUCUGUUGCGCAUGGUCAGUUAUUGUGAAAAUGAUGUUGAUUGUCGACGUCUUCUACAGCUCAUUCAUUUUGGAGAAAAGUUUGAUUCUGGAAACUGCAAAAAAACAUGUGACAAUUGUUUGAAGAUUAAGAGUUUUAUUGAGAAGGAUGUCACUGACAUCACAAAGCAAUUGGUUGAACUGGUGAAGUCAACACUGCAGCAGUUCUCAUCAUCUCAUAUUUUGGAAGUCUACAGGGGCUCCUUGAGCCAAUUUGUCAAGAAACACAGACAUGAGACUUUGAGCCUGCAUGGAGCCGGGAAACAUCUAGCAAAGGGUGAAGCUUCCCGUAUAUUGCGUCAUCUUGUUACUGAGAAUUUUCUUGUGGAAGAUGUCAAGAAAAGUGACAUCUAUGGAUCUGUAUCAUCAGUGUUGAAGGUGAACGAGUCCAAAGCCAAAAAUCUCUUCCUGGGUGGGAAGACAAUCAUAUUAAGAUUCCCCUCCCCUGUAAAAGCAUCUAAACUGAGCAAAUCUGUAGUGACUCCAGCAAAAGGCUCAUUGAUAUCUGGGAAGCUAAGUCCUCAAAUCAAUACUCCUGCCCAGCCUCAACCUGAAGUAGACUUGAAUCUCUCUGCCAUACUAUUUUCAGCUCUGAAAAUGCUCCGAACUAUUCUUCUCAAAGAAUCUAGCGAGGGGUACUUGGCAUACCACAUAUUUAGUAAUGCUACGAUGCUGCAUAUCAGCAAAAGGAUUCCCAGAACAAAGGAAGAACUCCUUGACAUCAAUGGCAUGGGCAAGACUAAGGUAAUCAAUUAUGGGGAUCGGGUACUACAAACCAUCGAGUCUACCGUCAACGAAUACUACAGGACAGAAAAAAAUAACAGUAGCAAUGACAGUAAUGAUUCAAUAAAGAGAAGAAGGGAUACAAAUAGAGACGGAGAUUCAAACGCCGAAGAUGAUGACUUCACCAAGAGUACCGGUAGAUCAAAGAAAAGGGUAGCAAAAGGGCAGAACAAAACUGCUGAGCUUUCUAAUUAUAUGGAGCCAGAUGUUUACGACCAAUGCAUAGAUGAUGAUGAUGUAGAAUUUUAUGAUUGUGGUUUUGAAAUCAAUGGCUCAGGUUCAGAUAUAAAGGAUGAUGAGAAUGGUGGCGGUGGAAGAGUGCUUCCAUCAUGGUCAGCUCCUGGAAACGGGAAAGAUUGUUGAUUGUAAAAUGUUUCCGAGUAUGCAAUUAUGAGGAUAUAUAUUGCAAUUUUUCGUUGCUCUAUUGGGAUUUAAAACGAGUAAGAAUCUCUUUGCGGCAA